UCAGUUUCGUGACAUAAAAAUGCUAGAACUUACAACAGCCAGAAUAAAUAUGGCCAGAGCUUCAACUCUUGAGUCAUGGAAAGCUACUGCAGAUGAACUGACAGAAAGGCUUCAAGAUGGUAGAAAUUGGAUAUAAUUUGAACUUGUGCACCUCUGUUAUUUGUAUUUACUUUACUUACCCUAAGGUUUACAUGCUGCAAUCUGCAUGGGUUUUUUUUCUUUUCUUCUGUUUUUACAAUUAUUCUCUAUGGCAUACUUUCAUGUAACCUUUCAAGCUUCUUAUUUUAUUAAUUUAUACAUGUAUUUAUUUUUCUUUUCAAGAUUUACCCAUUGUGAGAAAUUUAAGGAAUUUGUUGUGGUUGUAAUUUUUGUAAGGAUCACUGUCUCUGUGAGACCUCUUGUUUCUGCUCAGAUCUCAGCAUGUCUAGCAGACAUCUCAUCAUGGAUGGCAUCUCAUCAGCUGAAACUUCAUCCCUGUAAAACUGAACUACUGUUCAUUUCAGGAUCUUGUGAUCUCCCUGGACAACUCUCUGAUCCCACCUUCGGUUACUGCACACAACCUUGGGAUAACCAUGGACAGUCAAGUGACAAUUUUCCUUUCACAUUGCUAAUCUGACAUGCUCAUGUCAAUUUCUCUUUUACAACCCCCACCAUGCUGCACCGUUGAUUUUAAUUAUUGUGGAAGUUGCAAGGGAUGGACAAUCUUGAGGGAAAAGCUACCGAAAGGAUUCUACUAGAACCAUACAAUUACCUGCUGCAGCUGCCAGGUAAUCAUUGAGGUAACAGAAAUGUUGCACAAUGCCAGUCUCUUAAUCGAUGACAUCGAGGACAGCUCCAAGUUGCGGCGUGGUUUCCCUGUAGCUCACAGCAUCUAUGGCGUGCCAUCCGUUAUAAACUCUGCAAACUAUGUCUACUUCCUGGGCCUAGAGAAGGUGCUGACGCUGGAACACCCUGAGGCUGUGCACGUGUUCACUUGCCAGCUCCUGGAGCUGCACCGUGGGCAGGGCCUGGAUAUCCAUUGGCGUGACACCUACACUUGCCCAAGUGAAGCAGAGUACUGUGGAAUGGUACUGCGUAAGACUGGCGGAUUAUUCGGCCUAGCAGUGGGCCUCAUGCAGCUCUUCUCAGAAUGGCGCUGUGACCUGAAGCCUCUACUAGACACACUCGGGCUCUUGUUCCAGAUACGUGACGACUAUGCCAAUCUCUGCUCACGUGAAUAUGGUGCAAACAAGAGCUUCUGUGAAGACCUGACAGAGGGCAAAUUCUCCUUUCCCACCAUUCACGCCAUCCGUACACAGCUCCAUAGCACACAGGUGCAGAACAUCCUACGUCAGCGCACUGAAGAUGAAGAUGUUAAGCGUUACUGUGUGGAUUAUUUGGAGAAGGUGGGCUCCUUUGCGUACACCAGGCAGAAGUUGCAUGAGCUAGAGAAAGAGGCAUACAGGCUGAUUGCAGAAUUAGGGGGGAACCCAGAGCUGGAGGGACUUAUAGAACAUCUCAGCCACAUUUACAAGGAAUGAGAGGAAGCAUCUUCUUCUAAUCACAGUUUUCAGAUAAAUACUCUCCAAAGAAGAGAUCUGUGUCACUCCUGAAUUUCUUAUCCCUCUCUGUGGACUCCUCUCCCUUCAUUUGUCUCUGUUACCCCAUGUUCAUUUUGGCAAAAGUGAGAUUAAAUGGUUUUCAAUAUUG